GUCUCGUCCGUUAUAAAGCACCGCAGGAGCCCCUCCAUUGUCUACACGAAGUCGUGCUUCUCUUUCACGUACUCGACCCUCUACCCUCCUUUAAUUUCCUAUAUACCCUUCAAGGUCAAUAUGGGUCAUAUCAUCACCCAAACUGCCCUUCUUGGGCUCUUGGGUCUUGUCUCUGCUGGAGGUUGCCCUUUUGCCGACCCGGGAGCUCUUCGCGCUCGAGCAGAGGGAGCCGUCGACACCCCAGUGUCGGCUGCCAUGAUCGAUGACAACACGGGAUACUUUACUGAUGACGUAGGUGGACAAAUACAAGAACAAGACAGCCUGAGAGCUGGCGAGAGAGGUCCUACCUUAUUAGAAGACUUCAUUUUCCGUCAAAAGAUCACCCACUUUGACCAUGAACGAGUCCCUGAACGAGCAGUCCACGCCAGAGGUGCCGGCGCGCACGGCACAUUCACGAGCUAUGGUGACUGGAGCAACUUAACGGCAGCCUCAUUCCUUAGCAGCCCCCAAAAAGAAACUCCGGUCUUUGUACGGUUUUCUACCGUAGCAGGAUCCCGAGGAAGCGCCGACACGGUGCGUGAUGUUCACGGUUUUGCUACAAGAUUCUACACCGACGAAGGCAACUUUGACAUUGUGGGCAACAAUAUUCCAGUGUUCUUCAUCCAAGAUGCCAUCAGAUUCCCGGAUCUCAUUCACGCGGUUAAGCCGAGUCCGGAUAGUGAAAUCCCCCAGGCAGCCACUGCUCAUGACUCGGCAUGGGACUUCUUCUCCCAACAGCCAAGCACAUUACAUACCCUCUUUUGGGCCAUGGCCGGAUUUGGUAUCCCACGAAGCUUUAGACACAUGGAUGGCUUUGGCGUCCACACAUUCCGCCUGGUUACGGACAAAGGUGAAUCCAAGCUUGUGAAGUGGCAUUGGAAGAGCAAGCAGGGACGCGCAAGCUUGUACUGGGAGGAAGCUCAGAUUCUCUCCGGCAAGAAUGCAGAUGCCCAUCGUCAAGACUUGUUUGAGUCGAUUGCGGCCGGCAACGGCCCCGAGUGGGAGCUUGCCGUCCAGGUUGUUGACGAAGACCAAGCCCUCGCAUUUGGCUUCGACCUGCUGGAUCCCACCAAGAUUAUUCCUGAGGAGUACGCACCACUCCAGAAGCUGGGUGUGAUGAAGCUACACACGAACCCCACAAAUUACUUUGCCGAAACCGAGCAAAUCAUGUUCCAACCGGGACAUAUUGUCCGAGGCGUAGACUUCACUGAGGAUCCGUUACUACAAGGCCGCAUCUUCUCCUAUCUGGACACUCAGUUGAACCGACACGGCGGUCCCAACUUCGAGCAACUCCCCAUCAACCGGCCAGUGGUUCCCAUCCACAACAACAACCGUGACGGCGCUGGUCAAAACUUCAUUCACAAGAACACCGCCGCUUACUCGCCCAACACGCUGAAUGGCGGAUACCCGCAACAGGCGAACCAAAACCAGGGCCGUGGAUUCUUCAGCGCGCCAUCUCGCGGCACCACCGGCGGGCUCGUGCGCGGUCUCUCGUCAUCCUUCGAUGACCACUGGUCGCAGCCACGACUAUUCUACAACUCGCUCACGGCGGUGGAGCAGCAGUUCCUCAUCAACGCGAUCCGCUUCGAGACGAGCAACCUGAAGUCGACCGACGUGAAGCAGAACGUGCUGGGCCAGCUCAACCGCAUCAGCCACGACAUCGCCGUGCGCGUCGCCUCCGCCAUCGGCCUCGAGGCCCCUGCACCCGACGACACGUACUACCAUGACAACACAACCGCCGGCAUCAGCAUCACCAACGAAACCCUGCCCAGCGUCACCGCCUUCAAAGUCGGCAUCCUCGCCACCCUCACCUCCAACAACAGCGCAAACGCCUUGGACUCAGCUACCACGGACCUAGCCGCCGCCCUCACCGCCGCCGGCCUAACCCCCAUCAUUGUCGCCGAGCGCCUGACCCCCGACGGCGCCGUCGGAAAAACCUACUCCGCCACCGAUGCCACCGACUUCGACGCCCUCGUCAUCACCUCGUCCGCCUCCGGCGCCGGCCUCUUCUCCUCCACCCCUACCCUAUCCCCGCUGUAUCCUCCUCAGCGACCCCUCCUCGUCGCCUCCGCCUCCUUCCUCUUCGGCAAGCCCCUAGCGUACUUGGGCAGCGACGCACCUGCCGAGGCGCUUGUCGUGGGAGCGGGCUUGGACCCUGAGACCCAGGAGGGCGUGUACGCGAGCGCGGAUGUGGAGAAGUUGACGCAGGAUUUGGUCGCGGGGUUGAAGACGUUCAAGUUUACCGGAAGGUAUCCCGUUGACCCGUCUUCGUGAUUGCUUGCCUGCCUCCUAGGUAGGAAGGUAUGGGUUGUGUUACGCUAUAUAAAUGUUUAUCUUAUUUUAUUUUUUCACGACGGUAUGAUAUGAGGAUUGGGUUGGGCUUUUUCGUGUACCUAGUUUGUCCCUACACCGAGUUUUCUUCGGUUCGAUUUUUUUCUCCCCCUCCUUCCCCCCUCCCUUCCCUUUUCCCACCUUGAGAUACCAACCAACUCACAUACCUGCGUAACCUACCUACCUACCUACCUACCUUAGUUACCUGUGCACCUAAAUGAAAACUCGAUAUCAAUAA